GUUUCGUGGUCCAUAAACGCUGUCAUGAGUUCGUCACCUUCUCCUGUCCGGGGGCCGACAAGAACGCAUCAGACGACCCGAGGAGUAAACACAAGUUUAAGGUCCAUACCUACUCCAGCCCUACGUUCUGUGACCACUGUGGAUCCCUACUCUACGGGUUGAUACACCAGGGCAUGAGAUGUGACCAUUGUAUGAUGAACAUCCACAACCGCUGUGUGUCCAACGUUCCCAGUCUGUGUGGAACGGACCACACUGAGAGGAGAGGACGCAUCCAGAUCACAGCAGAUAUCAAGGACAACAAACUCACCGUCUACAUCCAGGAGGCUUGUAACCUGGUCCCCAUGGACCCUAACGGUCUGUCUGACCCCUACGUGAAGCUCAAACUCAUCCCCGACCCCAAGAGUGACACCAAGCAGAAGACCAAGACCAUCAAGUGUAACCUGAACCCCACCUGGAAUGAGAGCUUCACAUUUCCUCUGAAGGACUCUGAUAAGGACCGGCGUCUGUCGGUGGAGAUCUGGGACUGGGAUCUGACCAGCAGGAACGACUUCAUGGGAGCGCUCUCAUUCGGCAUCUCAGAGCUUCAGAAACAAGGAGUGGAUGGAUGGUUUAAAUUGUUGUCCCAGGAGGAGGGAGAAUACUUUAAUGUUCCUGUCCAACCAGACGGAGAAGACGGCAACGAGGAACUACGACAAAAGUUUGAGAGAGCUAAGAUUGGUCCCGGUAAGAACACAGACGGCUCCUCCUCUAACUCCACCUCUAAGUACGAUAGCAACGGUAACCAGGACCGCGUCAAACUGACAGACUUCAACUUCAUUAUGGUGUUGGGCAAGGGCAGCUUCGGGAAGGUGAUGUUAGCAGAGCGUAAAGGAGCAGACGAGCUGUACGCCGUAAAGAUCCUGAAGAAGGACGUGGUGAUUCAGGAUGAUGAUGUGGAGUGCACCAUGGUGGAGAAGAGGGUCCUGGCCCUGUCUGGGAAACCUCCCUUCCUCACACAGCUUCACUCCUGCUUCCAGACCAUGGACAGGCUAUAUUUUGUGAUGGAGUAUAUCAACGGAGGAGACCUCAUGUAUCAGAUCCAGCAGGUCGGCAAGUUCAAGGAACCCCACGCUGUUUUCUAUGCUGCAGAGAUCUCCAUCGGCCUCCUCUUCCUCCAUUCCAAAGGCAUCGUUUACCGGGAUCUGAAGCUGGACAACGUCAUGCUGGAUGCAGAAGGCCACAUUAAGAUCGCGGACUUUGGGAUGUGCAAAGAGAACAUGUUAGACGGCGUCACCACCAAGACGUUCUGUGGGACCCCAGACUACAUCGCUCCUGAGAUCAUAGCGUACCAGCCCUAUGGGAAGUCUGUGGACUGGUGGGCCUUUGGAGUUCUGCUCUACGAGAUGCUGGCUGGACAGCCUCCGUUCGAUGGUGAGGACGAGGAUGAGUUGUUUCAGUCCAUCAUGGAGCAUCACGUCUCUUACCCCAAGUCCAUGUCCAAGGAGGCUGUCGCCAUCUGCAAAGGGUUGAUGACUAAGCACCCAGGGAAGCGUCUGGGCUGUGGUCCGGAGGGGGAGAGGGAUAUAAAGGAACACGCUUUCUUCCGUUACAUGGACUGGGACAAACUGGAGAACAAGGAAGUCCAGCCGCCCUUCAAACCCAAAGCUUGCGGUCGCGAAGCAGAGAACUUUGAUCGUUUCUUUACCCGCCACCCCCCAGUCCUGACCCCCGACCAGGAGGUCAUCAUGAACCUGGACCAGGAAGAGUUCCAGGGAUUCUCAUUCGUUAACCCAGAGUACCCCGACAUGGACUGACCCAUCACAGCUCUACAUUAGUUUCCAGAUCUCAUAUCAUUUCAUCACCAGGAUAUAGUCUAGGACCAAACGGGUGUAUCCCAGUUGUCUCUCCUCCCUCUUGAGCGUGCACUUGUUCGCUACUCGUGAGUGGCGCGGCCGUCUAGUGGCAUCUCAGUGCACGAAGCGUCACUACAGUGCCUGGUUCGAAUCCAGGUCUGUGUCAUAUCCGGCCGUUAUUGGGAGUUCUAAUAAGGCGUCGCACGAUUGGCCCAGCGUCGCCCGGGUUUUGGCCGGGGGGGGGGGUAGGUCGUCAUUGUAAAUAAUAAUUUGUUCUUUAACUGACUUGCCUCGUUAAAUAAAGUUUAAAUUUAAAAAAAAAAUUAUAAACACAAAUGUUAAAAAAUGAUUGGUGUUAACCUGGAUUAGAGCUUCCAUUUACCACUAAUUUCCUUUCAAGUGAGGAAGUGUGUACUUUGGGAGGAAGGGGAGAGAAUUGGGACAUUGCCGAGUCCCUACCCAUAUCUAACCUAAACACAGAUCUAGGAUCAGAUUCAUGCCCCUAGUCUUAACUACCCAUAUCUACUGUUCUAACCUAAACACAGAUCUAGGAUCAGAUUCCCCAUGCCCCUAGUCUUAACUACCCAUAUCUACUGUUCUAACCUAAACACAGAUCUAGGAUCAGAUUCCCCAUGCCCCUAGUCUUAA